AUGCAUCGGUAUUUUUCUAAAAGACCAAGGAACGAUUCAACAACUACAAGUGCUCCAAAUGAUAGUAGUAUUGCAAUUCCGAAUCCGAUCAUGAACCAAGAGAGAAUUAAUGUUGCAAGUGGUGAAUCUAGUGCGGAAAACAUAGAUCGUGACCCGGGAAAGCGGAGACCUAUUGUUGAGUAUGAAGUCCAAGAUAGGGAUCGCAUUCGAAGAGAAUACAUCUCGAAGGGACCUUUUCAACCAAAAGGCCACGUCUUUAAGAAAAGCUCAUUUGGUAAGGAGAAAAGGAGUUUCCAAAGUAAUUGGUUUGAAAGACAUGCUUGGUUGGAGUAUAGUGUGGAGAAAGAUGCAGCAUUUUGUUUUUGGUGUUAUCUUUUUAGGCCUAUUAAUGACAAUCGGUUUGGCGAUGAUGUAUUUGUGAGCACAGGAUGUAAAAAUUGGAAAAAGGCUCUUGCUAUUUUUAGAGAACAUGAGGGUUCAGUUAAUAGCACACAUGAUCAGGCCAGAAUACUUUUUGAAGGAUUUAAAAAUCAAAGACAAAGUGUUGAAUAUAAUUUGACGAAAUUUGAUAAGGAAGAUGAAGUCAACUAUCAAAUUCGUUUGACUGCUUCUUUAAAUGUGACUCGAAUAUUGUUGAAACAAGGGUUGGCUUUUCGGGGAAAUGAUGAAUCAUUGGAGUCUGAAAAUAGGGGAAACUUUCUAGAGAUACUUGAGUGGUUGCGUGAGCAGAAACUUGAGGUAGCAGCGGUGACGUUGGAGAAUGCUCCUCGCAAUAAUCAGAUGGUUAGUCCUUUAGUUCAAAAGGAAUUGACAAAUUGUUGUGCCGUUGAAACUACAAAAGUUAUUUUGGAAGAUAUGAAAAAUCGCAAUUUCUCUCUUUUGGUUGAUGAAGCACGCGAUGCAUCGGUUAAAGAACAAAUGGCUUUGGUUUUGAGGUAUGUUAACAAUGAUGGAGAGAUUGUAGAAAGAUUCUUAGCCUUGGUUCAUGUCACCGAUACCACAGCAAAAUCAUUGAAGGAAGGGAUUGACUUAGUAUUUGCUAAGCAUGAUUUAUCUUUGUCACGUUUAAGAGGUCAAGGUUAUGAUGGUGCAUCAAAUAUGCGGGGUGAGUUCAAUGGUUUGAAAUCACUUAUAUUGAAGGAAAAUCCAUCUGCCAAGUACAUUCAUUGUUUUGCCCAUCAACUUCAAUUGGUAGUGGUAAAUGUUACAAAAGCACAUGGUGCUGUAAGUGAUUUUUUUACCAUUGUUACUAUGAUUGUCAACACAUGUGGAUCAUCUUGUAAAAGAAAGGACAAGCUACGGCAGCUUGAGCAUGAAAAACUUGUCGAAGGUCUAGAAAGUGGAGAAAUUAAAAGUGGAAGAGGUUUAAAUCAAGAGACGAGUUUAAAGCGACCAGGCGACACUCGAUGGGGGUCACACUUCACUACUUUGCUUCGUUUGAAAAGCAAAUGGUCGUCGAUAAUUGAAGUGCUUGAAAAUGUGUUUGAAGAUGGUUCUAAUAAAGAUAAUAGUGGAAUAUCAAAAACUUUGGUCAUGAAGAUGGUGAGCUAUGACUUUGUUUUUAUUUUACACUUGAUGAUAGAGUUGCUUGGGACAACGAAUGAUUUGUCAACAAUUCUACAACUUGGAGAUCAAAAUAUCGUUCAAGCUACAUCUUUGAUACAACCAAAAGGACUUUGCGAGAUUUGA